GUAAACCGUUUGACUACUUUAUAGUUUCAAGCCGUGGGAGUUGACCAUUCCAUUUUCAAACUGUUUACCAAAGUUAAGUCUUUCUACAAUCUAAAAAUAUGGCUUCUGAAGAAGUUGGCAGUUUCGUAUCAACUAAACAAUUUCCUGAUAAUUUUCUACUUGGGACGGCGACUGGGGCUUGUCAAGUAGAAGGAGCUUGGAAUGAAGAUAAGGCGGAAUCAAUCUGGGACCAUUAUUUUCAUUCAAAUGAAGCAAACAAGUCGUUCAGAUACUUCUUAGACUUACCACCAUCUGUAAUCGAAAAAUACAUAGAGAAAGGUGUUAAGCCUAGAUUAGCUGAUAUAUAUAAGGGAAUGGGAGUGUACGAAUUUCCAUCAACUGCAAUUAACGAUGGUACACAUUUUAAUUUCAACGGUGAUGUAGCCGCGGAUACGUACCACAAAACGGACAUAGAUGUCAAACUUCUUAAGGAAUUGGGUGUUCAAGUUUAUCGAUUUUCCGUAAGUCCAACUAGGAUUAUUCCAAUGGCUCAUGACCAUUUACCAGGAAAAGUUGGAAUAGCAUAUUAUAAUAAUCUAAUUGACAAAUUAAUCGAAAAUGGAAUCACACCGAUGGUAUCGUUGUACCACUAUGAUAUGAUAGCGGAAUUCAACAAAAUCGGAGGACUAGCAAAUUCGGCUAGCUAUGUAUUUUAUACAAAUUAUGCGAGAAUUUGCUUUGAGAGUUUUGGAGAUAGAGUAAAAUAUUGGACAACGACUGCAGACAUACAUUUAGCGGCUGAAGGAUAUGGUUCUGAGCAUUUUGCUCCUGGUUACCAAGAACCAUUAUUUAGUGGAUAUUCAGAUUAUCAAGUGUUACACCACUGUAUUAUUGUCAAUGCAAGUGCUUAUAAAUUAUACAACGAAGAGUUCAGGGAAAAUCAACAAGGACAAAUAAGUUUAACCAUAGACGGAGUUUGGUUCUACCCAAAAGAUCCAAAUAAUCCGGAACAUCAAAAGGCUGCUGAACGCGCACGAAUAUCAACAUUUGGUUUGAUAGCACAUGUGCUAUCUACGGGGCAAUACCCAGAUGCAUUUUUAGAGACUAUUGAUAAAACCAAUAAACGAGAAAAAAUACGGAUCGAUCGUGUCGAACAAUUUACAAAGAACCAACAAGAAUUAAUUAAAGGGUCAUACGAUUUUAUUGUAUUCAACUAUUUUAAUAGUGUAAAAGUGCGACCAAUGACCGAUGAAGAAAUUUCAAAUGAACUCAAUCUUAAAAGAAGAGAUCGAGGAUAUUUCAUGGAAUUAAAUAAUACCACAGAAACUGAAGUUUAUGAAGGAUUUUUAAAUUGCUUAAAAUGGUUAAAUGAAACUAUGAAUAAUCCAAAAAUAUUCAUCGGAGAAAACGGAUUUCCCGAAGAAGAUGGCAUUGAUGAAAGUGAAAAAAAAAUAGCUUACCAUACUGGUAUUUUAAAUAAAUUACUUGAAGCACUGGAUGAAAACAUAAAUGUUUUUGGUUACUGUGUUUGGUCGUUUAUAGAUACUCUCGAAUUCGCAUUUGGUUAUUGGAAGAAGUUUGGAAUUUAUGCGGUUGACUUUAAUGAUGAAUCAAGGCCACGUUCAAAGAAAAAUAGUUUCGACUUUUUUCAGCAGUUGUUCAGAACAAAGAAAUUACAAAUAAAAAACUAGAAUGAAAUAAAAAUAUAAUAUUAAAAUGAAAUAUUUACACUAAACAAUAGUUAUAUUUUUUUCAAUAAUUACAAAAUUAAAAAAUGAUACUGUAAUAAUUGUAAUCUAAUAAAGAAUUUAAAUAAU